AAAUUGCGAACCAUUCCUUUUUGACAUGGGAAACCGAACGACGACGUUUUGCCGCUCGAGAAGGCUGAACUCAAGGGGACGCUAUUGCAAUUGGCAACUCCUGUAUCAGUAAUUGCUUCUGUUUUCCGUUAAGAUCUAUCUUGACGUUUUUCAUGCGGAAAGAAUCUGUUGCCAUCGCCGAUGGAAGGCGAUAAGCUCUUGUCCGAGACUCAAGCCGAAGAAGACGAGCUUUUGGACUCCAGGGUUUCCACUUCCCCGUUUGGCCAUGAAACUAUCGACAGGAAUUCCAAUUCUCAUACGGACUGUGGGAUACAGAACAAACACAGCCAGAGCAGUGAUUCGCUGGCCAUUGUUGGCUCGGUAUACCGAGAAAUGACUAGACCUGGAGAUGGUAAUGCUGAAUCACCUCAAGGCUCCAAUGUGGGCAACAAUAUGGAGACAGGCUCAAAUGCCAGGUAUCCCAAGCGAGGUAAAUAUUUCUAUUAUGAAACCCCAGUUGCUGAAGAAACCGGUGUCUGGAUACCUGUCUCAGUUCCCCCCAUGUUGGAAGAUGAACAUGACGAGUGGAUGAGGGGUUUGUGCUUGAAUGCGGGCUAUUUUCCGGAAGGAGAUAUGAGUUGGGAGGAUAAGGAGCUUACCCUGUGGGAUGUUGUAGUUGAAAUGUUAUUUGUGGCCCGAGGAAAAGUUAGUGCUUUGGCAUCGGGUGAUAUUAAUCGAUAUCAAAUUUCAUGGCUGUCCGGCCAUCUGCUUGAGCAAACCUGGAAAGAGAUGGCUCAAACACUCACAGAGGCCAACUAUGGCAAUGCAAAGGAAAUUCUUGAAGCUGACCCACCUAAAUGGUUGGCUGACAGUGCUGCUUCUGCCUGUAUGCUGUGCAAUGUGCGCUUUCACCCAAUCAUGUGUUCCAGGCAUCAUUGUCGGUUUUGUGGUGGAAUAUUUUGUAGUGAGUGCUCCAAAGGAAGAAGCUUGUUGCCUGAAAAGUUUCGUGUGUCUGAUCCACAACGGGUUUGUGAUGUAUGCUGUGUUCGAAUUGAGUCUGUUCAGCCAUACUUGAUGGACCAAGUUAGUUGUGCUGCUCAGUUGCCAACCCAUGAUCUGACAGACCUCAGCACUUUGAGAUCCUGGGUGAACUUUCCAUGGGGACAGUCCAUGGAGCAUGAGAUUUACAAGGCCACAAACACAAUCCGGAGUUAUAUUAAGCAGAUAGGCUCUUUAAAACCGGAGAAGUUAAUUCCAGAUCUUGUUCUACGACAAGCGAAAGGCCUUGCAAUACUCACCGUGGUGAAAGUUGGCAUGAUGGUUACCUACAACAUUGGAACGGGACUUGUGGUUGCUCGCAGAGAAGAUGGCACUUGGUCUCCUCCUUCUGCCAUUUCUUCUUUUGGUGUGGGCUGGGGAGCUCAGGUUGGAGGGGAGUUGACAGACUUCAUCAUUGUGUUGGGAACAAAGGAUGCUGUUAGUACAUUUAGUGGUAACAUGCAUCUUGCAGUUGGAGCUGGUUUAAGUGCAGCUGUUGGCAUAAUUGGACGGACAGUUGAAGCUGAUGUACGAGCUGGUGAUGGUGGUUAUGGGGCUUGUUAUACAUACAGCUGCAGUAAAGGUGCAUUUGUUGGAUGUUCUCUUGGGGGGAGUAUUGUCACCACCCGGAUGCAGGAAAAUUCACGAUUUUAUGGUAGCCAGUCAAUCAGGUCAUCAGAUAUUCUUCUUGGCUCACUGCCACGGCCGCCUGCAGCUGCUGUUCUCUAUCAUGCACUGAAAGAGUUAUAUCAGAAGCUUAAGCGGUGAUUAAUUAGACUUGGCAUGGACACUAUAUUAGAAAUCCUUCGACAUUAUUAUGGGGAAAGGAUAUCGUUGGGCGUAGAUUUGGCUUGCAUAAUUUCUUUUGUACAUACUCUUGCUGUUGUUCCUUCUCAGAUGAAGGCAGUCUGUAGCUGCAUGGUGUACAGCAACCAAAUAUAUAUAAAGAAAAAAAGAAGAAAAAAAAGAAAAGAACUCAUAAAAGUUGUGCAUUUAAAUGAUAAUGUAUACACUACAGACAAAUACCGGGCUAACAACUCUUAGGCUUCAUUCAUUGUAUAUAAGAUAUGUGGUUUGAACAUUGUA